GUUUUGUCUUUUCCUUUUUUUUUUUUUAUCACUCUAAAUCUUGAAAUGGUAUUUUCCAUGAAUAUUGUGUUAUUGGUCUGUGAUUCUUAUUUGUCGUUGCUUUUUACCCACUCAAAAUGAAAGUUUGUGGUUUAUGGGUCUUGCACUUUCUUGAUUUUUAUCUUUAUUUUUUUGUCUUUUCUUUAUUACCACUCAAAAUGUGGAAAUGGGGUUUCUAUUGAUAAUUUUUUUUCUAUUGAAAAUAUGCGAUAUUGUUUGAGCCCUUUUGUAUCAUAAAUCUUGCCUUUGAUAUUGUUUGAACUCUUUUUACUUUUUGGAGUGAACUCCCUUUAGCUGGAUCUGUGAUUUGGUUGAUUUUAUCCAACUUUAUUAACUUUUGUAAUUACUGGCUCUCAGAUCUUGUUUAAGAAAUUAGGAUUUUUCAAGUAAACUAUUUUUUCCCUGUGUUGGAUUGAAAUGUAGAACAAUGAAUUAUAGAUUCAUGGUUCUUUGGGUCCAGCUAGGUGAGACAUGUUCAAUCUGUAAGUUUAAUGUGUUACAGAAUCUUGUGAUUGAAGACUCAGAAAAAAAGAUGGUGCUUUUGAUACUUUUUGGUCCAGUUAGGAUUUGAUUUUUCUCUUUUGUCAGUAAAGAAUGUAAAGGAGGAGUAUAACCUGAGAUUUUAUGCCAUUUGAAGUUUGAACAUGGGGCACAGACUAGAAACUAGACGUCAUCAUGAAAGCUCCAGCGCUGCAAGUGAGAUCAAAUCAUCCCUAGAAAAUCGAAGUUCAAAGUUCAAAGACAAGUAUAAAGUAGAAAGCACAGAAAAUAAACCAUACAUUAGCAGGCAUCAUGACUCAAGCAAGACGGUCAAUCAGAAUGUUUCACAAUCGACCUCCUCCGGAGAUCACCAAAACCCGUGGUUAGGGAGUAAGGAAAAUAAAGAUGAUGAGCUAGUCAAGUACAUGUCCAGUUUGCCAGGUUAUCUGCAGCAUGCAGAGAAGGGAAAGAAUAUUCAAGGAAGGGCUUUGAAUUUUGGAGUCCUUGAUUGGGAACGUCUGGAGAAAUGGAAAUAUAAUGAACGUAUGCCUGUAAGCGGUCAUCGUAAAACAUUAUCAGGUAGUUCAUUUGUUGCUAUUAGGCCUCCUACUGCUCAUGCUAUGUCUUCUCAGAGAAAGCAAAUGCCAUUACCAUCGAGUGUCCGGUCUUGUGAACAAAAGCUUGCAGAACCUGUCCCAGGUAGUUCUUCAUUUGUUGCUAUAAGGCCUCCUACUGCUCAUGGUAUGUCUUCUCAGAGAAAGCAAAUGCCAUUAUCACCGAGUGUUCGGUCUUGUGAACAAAAGCUUGCAGAACCUGUCCAGCAAUUCCAAUCAGAAUUUGUGAAGACCCAGGAUUUACAAACUACUCGGUGGCCCAAAAAACAUGGUAAGCAGAAACAACGUCUUAGGAAGGAGACGCCACCUCGCAGACGCAAUUCCGAACUAAAUAUUGGCAAAUACAUGGACCUUGAUCCUGUUCAAAAGAUGAGACCAGAUGAAGAAGAUUUGUCCUGGAUGCCAGUUAAGAAUGGUAGCAUUCCUUGUAGUCAUACAAACAGUGUUCAAGAUUGUAAAAGUGAGAUCAAAUUUGACAAUGAAGUCAACUUUAGUUCCCAAAAUUGUGCUGCUGAACCCAAGAAUAUUGUUCUCUUGGUUCCCAAACAUUGUUCAAAAAUAAGUAGGGAGGCCUCUCAAUUCCCUAAAUCAAGAACAUCUUUUGAUAAGCAACCAGCUGAGGUGACGAGGAUGGGAUUUUCUGAUUGUUCUUCUCAGGCAUCUUUCUCUGGUGAACUGCUUGCUGUUCCACAUUCAUGUCCUCUGCCUGCCAGCUCUGCGACGAAUAUGGAGUCUCAUGUGAAGCAACGCCAGUUGUCCAAUUCUCAAGAAAUAACAGAUUUAUGCUCAUCCCCAGGUCAAAGUGAGAGGAUAGCUAAUCGCUCUUCAUUUGAUGUCAAUUGUCUUAAACACCAUAAAUCUGAUGAAGAAUUGAGAGUCCAAGCUGGGACCUCGCAGAGAGCAGAUUUGGACACUGCAGAGCAGGCAGUGGUGAAGGGAAGACAUCCAUCCCCUAAUAAGAGGUUUAGCUUCAGUCUUAGUCGAAUGAGCAGAAGUUUCAGUUUCAAGGAGACCUCGACAGUUCCACCACCGAAUAGUACAAAUAGCAUCCCGAAGUCUGGCCCAGCAGGUGCUUCUUCCAGUUCAGAUCUCAGUAAUUGGGAGAAGCCAAAUGCUGGUAUCAGAGGAAGAUCUCCUUUGAGAAGACUCCUAGAUCCAUUGUUGAAGCCUAAGGGUGUUAAUUCAGCUGAGACAUCUCCGCUUUCUAAUGGAAACUCAAAUGGCAAUACUUUGCCCACUAACCACAGUAAACACAUUCAUUUGAAAAAGCAUCAGCCCUCAACCCUUCAGGCUCUUCUGCAGCUUUCUCUUAAGGAUGGAGUUCCAUUCUUUAAACUUGUGGUUGACGAUGAUGGUGGCAUUCUUGCUGCAGCUGUCAAGAAGUUACCAACGUCCGGGAAGGGUGGAAGUGGCUUGGUUUAUGCUUUCUAUGCAGUCCAUGAAAUUAAAAGGAAGAGUGGGGGUUGGAUGAGCCAUGGACCAAAAGAGAAAAGUGCUGGCUUUGGUUAUAAAAUUAUUGGUCAGAUGGAGAUUUCUAGUUCUGAAAUUCAAAACUCAAGUGUACAUGACCACAGAAGCAUAUCUCUGCAAAGGGAAUCUGUCUUGUAUAGCAUUGAUUGUGGACAGGUGGAAAAGCAAGUCCCUGAUUCUUGUCAAAAGAGAGAGCUUGCGGCCAUUGUCGUUAUGAACUCAAGUCAAUAUAAACUAGAAGGUAUGCAGCAAUUACCCACAGAAACCUGUGAAACAUAUAGUGAUGUUCUAGUCAUUCUUCCUGGUGGUACACAUAGCUUGCCAAGUGAUGGAACUCCUUCCUCAUUGCUCGAACGAUGGAGAUCUGGUGGAUUAUGUGAUUGUGGAGGGUGGGAUGUCGGUUGCAAGCUAAAGAUACUUGAACAGGACAAGAAUUGCAGGAGCCAAGAUUUUCUAAACCUCUUGAUUCAGGGAGGAGAUAGGAGGAGCAAGCCUAUCUUCAGUGUGGCACCACUCAAGAAUGGACUUUACUCUGUCGAAUUUGAUUCAUCAGUUCCUUUGUUAGAGGCAUUCUCCAUCUGUGUGUCUGCCCUGACUAGUCAUAAACUAGCUGACAUCUUCGAAAUUGGAUCUCAAGGACAGAAGGCUUCUUCAGAUGUCAUGAGGGGGAUUAAGGCUUCAACCACAGUCCAAGGACAAGUCCCUCAAAGAUAUGUGUCAUCUCCACCCCCCUCGCCUGUUGGAAGGAUCUAAGAAACUGAUUAAACAAGAAUGUCACUUUAAGCAGACAAUUUUAGCUUGUUGAGCAUCACAUGUUUCCUAUUUGCAUCGCGCAAACUGAAAAUCUGUGGUUCGAAUAAGUCUAAUCUUCGACCUCUCGUUUUGUACGUCUUUGAUCAGCUGUAAAUUCUCUUAUAUUUAGGAAAUAAUGUCAUGCCGCAAGGUAUAGAAUGAACUCAGUGGAAAAGGCUAUAGAGAAAGUAGUAACUCUUGAAUA